UUGACUGCGGUGACAGCCAGCGGAAGACAUUUCUCCAUCUCUCUCUCUGGAACGUAAUCACACUUUCGAGAGUCGAUAAAUAAUUACUUCAGAAUAGAGACGAGGUUAUGGUGUGAGAAUCAGAAAAGUCUGUAAGUUUACGUAAAUUUAACUUAAUCUCAGCUGGCUUUGCCUGGCAGGUAACUGUUAUGAUAUUGUCAUGGUCAAUGCUACUUUAAAGUUUUACCACAACUUUUAGUGACGAAGUUGCCGAUUAAAAUAGUUGUUACAGGCGACCUCAAUACUCUGCUUUGACACUAGAGUAGCCUGUUGCUUGAAUUUAUUCAUAGGUAGGCUUAUUGAGAACUUGCUGCUAGUGCUCGAAGUUACUCGAUGGUCUGGUAGGCUAUUCGACCGAAGCCUAUUGAUUCGUGGGGAAUUCGACAUCAUGUUUCCAUUGGAUUCGCCUUGGAACAUUUCCUUUGCCGGUUGUGGGUUCCUGGGGAUCUACCACAUUGGAGUGGCCAGUUGCUUACAGGAGCAAGCACCGUUUCUGGUGGAGAAUGCCCGGCAUGUCUACGGGGCCUCGGCAGGAGCUCUGACCGCGUCGGCAUUGGUCAGUGGAGCAUGCUUAGGUGAAGCAGGCGCAAGCAUCAUUGAUGUUUCCAAGGAUGCGAGGAAGCGUUUCCUGGGUCCUCUGCACCCGUCCUUCAACCUGGUGAAGAUCAUGAGGACGGUGCUGUACCGCACGUUGCCACCCGAUGCCCACCAGCGCGCAACUGGCCGUCUGGGCAUCUCCCUGACGCGCGUCACCGACGGGGAGAACGUGCUGGUGUCCCACUUUAACAGCAAAGAGGAGCUCGUUCAGGCAUGUGUGUGUAGCGCCUUUAUCCCUGUGUACUGUGGCCUCAUUCCCCCAACACUGCAGGGAGUGCGGUAUGUGGACGGGGGCAUCUCCGAUAACCUCCCCCUGCACGAGCUGAAGAACACCAUCACCGUGUCUCCGUUCUCGGGCGAGAGCGACAUCUGCCCCCGAGACGACUCGUCCACCAACAUGCACGAGCUCCGCUUCACAAACACCAGCAUCCAGUUCACCCUGGGCAACCUGUACCGCGUCUCCAGAGCGCUGUUUCCACCUGAACCUCAGAUGAUGAAGAAUUUAUGCAAACAGGGAUACAGAGACGCCAUGCGCUACCUGAAGAAGAACGGGCUGCUGCAGUUCCGGCGGCCUCACCCUGUGCUGGGCAUCGGAGGGGUUGGUGAGGAGGAGGAAGAUGAGGAUGAGGAGGAUGAAGAGCACAAGGAGGAAGAACACAAGGAUGAGAAACCGCAGGAGGCCGGAACAGCAGUACUGGUGCACAGACACUCACAAACUCUGGAGGAGCACAUCUUUGACCACCUGCCACCCAAACUGCACAGAGCUCUGGUGGAGGCUUGUCGGGAGAGGCGGGGUCUGAUCCAGUCGCUAGGCAACAUGCUGCCUGUCCGGCUAGCUUCAACUCUCAUGCUGCCUUACACACUACCUCUGGAGUCAGCAAUGUCUCUCACAGUCAGGUUGUUUGAGUGGUUGCCGGACGUUAAGGAGGACGUGAGUUGGCUGAAGGACCACACUCUCACAGUGCUGCAGUCUGCAGCCCGACAGGCAGGGAAAAGUGUGUCUCAGCAGGUAUCUGCACGGUUCUCCUACCAGCUGGAGUUGAGUCAUGCGGUGAGUUUGCCCUCGGUGCUGUCUGCCCACCUGCUGCCCGGCUGGGUGUGUGAGGGCGGCUCGUCCGUGCUGGACGCGGUGCUUCGGCUGGACCAGUACCCGCGCCAGCUGCUGCCCAGCCUCUUCUGCAUCAACCUGGACCUGUGGGGCUCCAUCAGCACCACCUCGCAGACCUCGCACGGCCACACACACACGCACGCGCACCUGCAAGGUCACGCGCGCACGCACUCCACGGACGCUCGCGCACCACACACGGAGGAGGACGGGCUGCACAUGUUGAAUGUAGCCGCUUCCGCACUUCAGUGCCCUACAGAGGGGCCUGCUCCUGGAGGACUGUGAUAUCCCAUCAGCCAUCUGUUCCAGGAAGUGUCCUGUCUGUGUCUAUGUGUGUGCAUGUGAGUGUUUGUGUGUGUUAGGGUGUGUGUGUGAGAAUGUGCCUUAGUGUGUGUGUGUGUGUGUGUGUGUGUGUGAGUGUUUGGGUGUGUUUGGGUGUACAGUAUGUGUGUGUGUGUGAGAAUGUGCCUGAGUGUCUGAGUGUGUGUGUGUGUGUUGAGUGUGUGUUUGUGUGUGUAGUGUUUGUUGUAUUUAUUGAACCUGAUGCAGUGACACUUUCACUGUGGUCUUCACUGGCUGAGUCCCUGAGGACAGACCUCUCCUGGAGAGGACAAGACUUGAGGACCGUCCAGCAGGUUUCUCUAACCACCACAACACGGCUCUCAGCACCUGACGGACAUGACGCUGGUCGGACUUGAGGGUCGCACUGCAGGUCUCCCCAACCAAGACAACACGGCUCUCAGCACCUGAUGGACAUGAUGCUGAUCGGCAGUCAUCUUCCCAGUAGUUUUCUGCUCCGAGAUCACUACACCAGUGUUAAGCACUAAACAAUGCAAGUCUUCAGACCUCUAGGUCUCUGUUGCAGAACUGGUUCUGUCCCGCUGGGUUUCAGAGUGACCCCACCCCCCACCCUUUCCCCAAGCAUUUGUGGAAACAGGUUUAGUCCUAGUCCUUAACUAAAACCACUCUAUUGCAGAACUAAACCUGACCGUGGUCCAUCAAACAGAACCAACAUGGACGACAACAAUGCAAAUAAUCAAUGCAACUACUAAUGCAGUGUUAGAAAUGUGAAUCAUCCAGGAUGGAUGUAAUGUUAGUGUCCUCUGUCAUAAUGUAUGUAACAUAAGUCUCCUCUGUCAUAAUGUAUGUAACGUAUGUCUCCUCUGUCAUACGUGUGUGUUUACUGAUAGUUUAGUUUACAGAGUCAAAUACAUAUCUGAUGCUGUUUGCGUCACGCUGUAAGUGCUGUGUGCUGUAAGUGCUUUAUGCUGCUGUAAAAACUUGUGUAAAUAUGGUCUCCAUGACUGUGGCUGAUACUGCAGAAUGACUGGGCGUUUAUUAGGCGAGGUGAGGAGAGUAAACUAGUGAGUGAAGAGUACUCAACAAGACCACUUAUUCAGCCAAAUUGCUGCCUACAACUGUUUUUUAGGUCUUUCGUAGUCAGAAAUAGCUACUGAUAAAGAAUAGUUGGUCUCAGACCGGAUAUGCCCAUCAUCGCCCAAGUUUGGGGCAGUAGUGGUGUGUGUACAGUACUGUAUGUGAUGUGUGGAGGGAGGCCAUGUGGCUUGGUUACUGUUGAAAGGGGAGGGUGAAGUGAAUAAGGUGGACAAGCUGUAAAAAUGAUAUUCUAAUGUAUGUUGAUUGUUUGCACUCAAAAGAAUCAUUUCAAUGAAUGUAAUUUUGUGAUUUUUGUAAAGUUUGAAGGAAGUAUAAUAUAAUCAGGGUCUAUUUGCAUGUACAGGUACAUGUUUUACUUGUAAAUUCUAUACUUGCUGUCACUUUUGCUGCUGUAACAAUGCAAUUUUCUCCAUUAAAGGAUUAUACUAUCUU